CUGAAUCUUAGCGAAGCUGCCAUAUUCCAGGAACUGAGCAACAAAGCCAGAAUCCAGGGUAAAAAAAUCAUGGUAGCAGCAGGAAUUAACCCUGAUGUGGAAAGACAUAAGCAAUGGAAGGACCAACACCCGAACCAGCCUUUGUUGAUGUGGACAAAGGACUAACCUUAGCAUGCUUUGUCUUCCUCUGCCUUUUUCUCAUCGUCAUGAUUAUCCGCUGUGCCAAAGUGAUCAUGGACCCUUACAGUGCCAUCCCAACAUCCACGUGGGAGGAACAGCACCUGGAUGACUGAUCGACACAAGGACUUGGGGAUAAUGGGGCCCCUGAGCUCU